CAAUUAACAUGUGCGAUAUUUGACAUUUGUCUCGUGAUGCUAAGAUUUGGUUUAGCAAUGUUUUUAUUAUUUAGAUUGGACAAGUAAAAUGUUUGAACAUUCAAUUAAAGUUCCAAGACAGUAUAAAGUUGCAGCAAAUAUUUUUAAAACAGUUUCUACAGAAGGCGGUAGUGUUAAAACGCUAUUAUACGACGACAAGCUUCGGCACUUUAGAACCAAUGUGCUAUAUGCACUCAUAACAGAAACAAUUAAACAUGCAGCUGACAUUGAUAAAAUAUUUGAACACUGUGAUGUAUUAAAGAAAGAAUCUAGAUUAGAUCCAUGGCUAGCGAAAGUAUUGACGGCCGAAUUACUCUUUGGCAAAAAAACUCUGCCUGGCAAAAGCAAACCUGAACAAACAAUACUAUCAUACAAAGAGCAAUUUGAGAAGUAUACUAAUGAAAACGAGGAUACAUUGAAGCUUGAAGUUGUUCGCAGACCGAGAUAUGUCCGAGUGAACACUAACUUGCUCGCCACAUCUGAUGCGAUUAGAUCGUUCCAAGACGAAGGGUACCGCUUCAUCCGAUGCACCUCCAGCUCUUACGACGACUACUUGAAACAGAUCCAGCAGCUAACUGAAUAUGAUUUCGUGCAGGACUACCAUGUCAAGACUAUUUUUGUGUUCCCCUCUGGGACCAAGUUGCACGAACACGAACUUUAUUUGGAGAAUAAAAUUAUACUACAAGACAAGGCCACAGCGAUUGCGGUCCACUUGUUGGCACCGCCCCCGGGUAGCGUAGUCCUGGAUAUGUGCGCCGCGCCCGGUAUGAAGACUACACAACUUGCUGCUUAUAUGAGAAAUCAAGGUCAAAUCUAUGCUGUGGAGAGAAACGAAAAGCGGUACAAAACUUUAUGUGACUUCGUUGAAAAAACUGACUCCAAAUGUGUAAAAACUCUUCAUAGAGAUUCGUUAGACAUUAAGAGAGGUGAAUUAGAUGAUGUGGAAUACAUUCUCCUAGAUCCGAGCUGUUCAGGUUCAGGCAUGGAACUUUGUGUUCACAAUUACAUUGAGGAUACGAGAUUGGCUAAAUUGACAUCACUACAAGAAAAGUUUCUAAAACACGCCAUGAAUUCAUUUCCUAAAGCUAAACGCAUAGUAUACAGUACUUGUUCCCUGUUUCCCGAAGAAAACGAAAGAGUUAUCACUAAUGUUGUCAAAACUUCCCGUUCUAAAUGGAGAGUGCAAGAUGUUAAGGAAUUAUUGAAGGGCCAGUGGAAUAACAUGGGGUCCGGUAUGUAUGGUAGUAUGGGUACCAGAUGUAUGUAUGCGAAGCCAGAAUCCGAUUUCACCAUUGGAUUCUUCUUAGCAGUGUUAGAUAGAGACCAAAAAGAACUGGAAAAGAGUCUUAUUGACAAUAAAAUGCCCAAAAACAUAGAAAUGAUAAAUGAAACCCAUACAGACACAGCUCCUUCUGUUAUCAAUGAAACUAAUGAAGAGAUACAUAAAAAAAGAAAAAAGCAAAAGAAUAAGAAGACAGAAAAUAUAAAUGAAGACCAUUAUUGUUAUGAUGAACAAUUAACUAUAUCUAAUGAACCUGAAGUAACAAUCGACACUUCUUUGACAAAUAAAACAUUAACUACAAAAAAGAAAAAAAAUGAACACAGUCAAGUUGUCGAAAAUGAUAAAAAUACACCUAAUACUGACACAGCUGAAGACAAGCCUCCGAAAAAGAGGAAGAUGGAGAAGAAAUCUCUUGAUAAUACUAUUGUUGAAACCGAUUUAUUAAACAAUGAAGAACCAUUAAUAAAAAAGAAGACGAAAGCUGAAGAAAUUAUUGAAGAUGAUACUAUUAAUGGUGGUCCUAUAAAGAAAAAGAAGAAGCGAGACAAAAUUUACGAUGAAAACUUAAUUAGAUCGAAUCAACUCGAUGUAACAGACGAUACUUUAACAAACGGUGUAAGUGCCACUAAAAAGAAGAAAAUUAAACACAGUGAACCCGUUGAAAAUUAUGAUAGUGUGAAUCAGCAGAGCACAGCAGAAGAAAAUCACCCGAAAAAGAAGAAAGCCAAAAAAUCUUUAGAAGACACUAUUGAUGAAAACGUUACAUUAGACAGUGAAGUGCAAGAUAGUGAGGUACCACUAAUAAAAAAGAAAAGGAAGAAGUCGAAAUCUAAAGAAUUCGCUGAAGAUAAUUCUAUUGAUUAGGCCUUUAUAA